AUGAGCAGUUCCGUGCGCUAUGGGGCACUGCGGACGCUCCAGGGCGUAGCGGCACGUGGUGCGCACACUGCUGCUUUUCGCCAACAGUGCGGCGACCGAGGAUCGCUUCUACGUGCCCUGGGGAAGCGCGCUGAGGCACCCGUCGCACAAGGCUGUAAGCAAACACGCAACGAUGCAGAGUCUUGGCCUCGAGGUCUCGCUCGUGGCCCCGGCCGGGCGUUCUUUAGCAACCACACCGGCUACCAGGACGCGUACCGACAGCAGCGUGCUUCCGAGGUCGCCGCCGCAGAGGAAAAGGAGAUGCUGCUGCUGAGGAAGCUCAGACUAAAACUUACGAGGCCGGUCUCGCAGGCAACCGGUCAUACGCAUCCACAUCUCCUGGACAUAGACCAGGUUACACCUGGUAUUCCACUCGCGGAGUAUCGAGCGCGACGACAAGCACUGGCAGCGCUCAUGCCGCCACAUUCGCUGCUCAUUUUACCCGCUGCUCCAGAGCAGUUUUACUCAAUGGACGUUCCACAUCGCUACCGUCAACACACGGACUUUCUGUACUUUACGGGGUGUCUGGAACCGCAGGCUGCACUCGUGGUCUACAAACCGCGCUCUGCUGCCGUUGACGCCUCGGCCAUCGAGCCGGGCCCUCAACCGGAUGCACUGCAAGCUGAGUUUCUCCUCUUCGUCCGCGCGAGAGACGCAUCCCGGGAGCUCUGGGAUGGCCCCAUGAUUGGCAUUGAAGACGCUCCGGCAAUGUUCGGCAUUCCCAAUGUGUACCCAGUGGAGCGCCUGGGCGCUCUCGUUGCCGAGAUUAUGCAUGGUGGCGAGCCGACUCCGCCGUCACUCUUCUUUGACGCAAAUGUGAAUUCCGAGUUCACGAAACGUGUGGGUACCGCUCUGGCACCCGACAAGUCCAUGGAAUCCGCCGCCGGCGCCGCCUGGCAGUCUUUUGCGUCGCGUCUGUGUUCACCGGUGCCUCUGACGCAACCGCUGCGGUUGUUCAAGUCACCGAACGAGCUCGCAUUGAUGCGUCGUGCCGCUGCAGUUACAGCGGAUGCAUUUAUCGACGCGAUGCAGCGCACUAGCGCCGGACUUGGUGAAUGGCAAAUCGCUGCGCGCAUGGCCUAUACCAUGGGGUUUCGUGGCGGCCCCAGCGCUCGCCUUGCGUUCCCCAUGGUGGUGGCAUCGGGUCCACGAGCCUGCACGCUCCAUUAUACGGAGAACGCAGCGCUACUGCAAAAACACCACAUGCUCAUGGUCGACGCCGGCGUUGAACUGCAUGGCUAUUGCAGCGAUAUCUCUCGUUCGUGGCCUGUCGAUGGCCGGUUCCGAGGAGCUGCCAAGACCCUCUACGAUAUGCUGCUGAGCAUUCACGAGGCUUGCUUGAAGCUCGCGCGGGAGCAAACGCACCCAUCGCAUACCGCUGGUGAUGUCGCCGGUGAAUGCCGAGCGCCAGCGGCCAGCCUGGAGCACCUUCACCGAGUCUGCGUUCGGAUGAUUGCGGAGAAUCUGUAUGAACUAGGGUUUUUCGGCCGACGACACCGGGUAGAUGAGAUCAUCGAGCGCGGUCUCUACGGACGGUACUUUCCGCAUGCGCUCGGGCACUAUCUGGGCAUGGAUACACACGACACUCAUCAGUUGAGCAAGGCGAUUCCGUUUCGAGCUGGCAUGGUGAUCACUGUGGAGCCCGGCGUAUACGUCCCGGUGGCAGAUGGUGAUGCACCAGCAGCCUUUCGAGGUCUAGGCAUGCGCAUCGAGGACGACGUGGUGAUUCGCCCGGGCGGAGCCGCCCCGGAAAUCCUCUCCGCGGGGAUUCCUCUGCAAGCGCGAGAUAUCGAGGCGGUUAUGCGUGAGAUAGCCACGACAAGCGCGCACUAUUGA